AUGUUUUGGAUAAGGGAAGAAGGACAAUCGGUGACAGAUGAAAAGAACGCCACGAGAGUAACCACUCAACAAGUACUGUCAGAUAAUAACAUCAAAUCUACCGAAGUGUCUGGAGGACGGGUAGAGCAGUAUCCUGUGAUUCCACAUUGGUCAGUGCUUAAGUGGUUACGACAUUUCGACUGCCGUUGUUGUCACUCAGGUUCUGCUUUGUCUAUCUUAGGCAGUUCAUCUCAUGAAAUCUUGUUCAGCUUUGGAGUAGUAUCGUCACAGAAUUCCUCGAAACACCGGAUGAUAAUGACACAAAGAAUACCGGUAAGCGGAAAUCAUACGAUGACUUCCAGACAAAGGAAGAAUAACAAGGUUGUACCACUUGACCCCAAGAUUUGCGAGCGUCAUUUGGAAUUGGAGCCAUUGUGUUGCUCGUCUUCUUGUCUUAUUCGCUGCGGCUGUACAGCCAUUGCUAUCUUCGAAUACAUUUAUGUCCUCGCUACACUUACUGCAAUUAUUCUACGUUUUCACAGCGGUGGACUUUCUCAGUUGUGGCCACCACUCAAAAUAUCCUACAAGUCAGUUGCAACACACACCAUACUGCUCUACAUUAUGUUGGCUUAUGACCUGGUAAUCGUGAUGAUCGCCACUGGUCUUCUUCGUGCGCUGUUAACUUUUGAUAAGCAAAUCGUCCGAAUGCAUUUAUGCUUUGAUUACUUUGCAUUAGCAUUCAACGUGAUCACAUUGGUACUAUUCCUUCCGGCCUUAUUCUUACCAAAUUCUGAAGGUCGCAAUUUCGCUAAUAUAUUACUGACUGUGUGCUUUCUGACUCAAAUACCACUACAGAUAUGGGCCAUAACGGUGUUGCGUUCAUGUCUGGAAUUCUUCGUUUUGGUGCAUGUAUUGGUUGAAUUGGCGGAGAGAUGA